AUGAGCGUCGAUCCAGAAACGCUCUACACAAAGCAGAAUUGCAUAGGAGGAGGAAGUUUUGGCAAGGUCUACAAAGGUGUCGACAAGCGGACAGGCCAGUCGGUGGCCAUCAAGAUUAUUGAUGUUGAAAAUGCCGAGGACGAAGUCGAGGAUAUCAUCCAAGAGAUCUCAAUCCUCUCCGAGCUCCAGUCGCCCUACGUGACCAAGUACCACGGUUCUUUCCUCAAAGGCUCAGAUCUAUGGAUCAUCAUGGAAUUCUGCUCCGGCGGCAGCUGCUCAGAUCUUAUGCGGCCUGGAAACCUCUCUGAAGACUACAUCUCCAUCAUCCUGCGCGAAUUACUGAUGGGCUUGGACUACCUGCACAGCGACAAGAAGCUGCACCGAGAUAUCAAGGCCGCGAACGUUUUACUUGGUGCCAAUGGCCAGGUCAAGCUGGCCGAUUUUGGCGUGUCAGGCCAGCUGUCCGCGACUAUGACCAAGAAAAACACUUUUGUCGGCACUCCAUUCUGGAUGGCACCCGAAGUUAUUAAGCAGUCGGGCUAUGACCACAAGGCCGAUAUCUGGUCCCUCGGAAUCACUGCAAUCGAGCUGGCGCAGGGCGAGCCUCCUUACUCCGAUAUCCAUCCCAUGAAAGUGCUAUUCCUAAUCCCCAAGAAUCCCCCACCUACACUGCAAGGCAACUUCUCGAAAUCGUUCAAAGAGUUCAUUGAUCUGUGUCUACGACGAGAUCCUCGAGAGCGACCAUCAGCCAAAGAGCUGCUGAAGCAUCCAUUUGUCAAACGAGCCAAGAAGACUAGCUACCUGACAGAGCUCAUAGAACGCAACGAGCGAUGGCAAGCGACACAUGGCAAUAGGAACUCGGACGAUGAAGACGAUGAGAAUGAAGCUCAUUUGCAGCACCGAGAGCCAGUCAACGAGGAUUUGUGGGAUUUUGGUACAGUAAGACCUGUCGGUGGCGGACGAGGCGGUGGACUGCGGGCGAUGAAUGACUCUGCGGCCAAUGUCAGAGCGUCUGCAGAGCCAUCGCGCGGCUCUGUCGAGGUUGAUGAUACCGUAAAACUGUCAUCGUCGCCGCAAAAAUCUCCAAUCAAAGCGGCCGCCUACAAUGCUGCUCAAGGAUCGCCCAGCAAGGUGGCUCUUCCGGCCUCUCCCGUGAAAGACUUGCCUCCUCAACCUGCAGCCAGGACUCCGGCUCCGAAGACACCCGCAGCUAUGUCUUCGGCCGCAUCUAAGCUUCCCAGUAAAGACAGCCCUGGCUCGAACGAGUACAACAAGGCUUUCCAAGCCCAAUUAGCCAAGGACAUGGGAUAUAUGAAAAUUAAUGACAGUCAAGAAGGGUCGCCACAGACAAGCACACCGCCAGGUCAGAAGCCGAAAAUGCUCAUUCCCGAGAUCCCACCCUUCAAAGGCAAGGCGGGCAAAGGCGAGCCCAUUCAGCCGCAUCAUGCUCGAGAAGAAAAUAAGCCGAAGCCAGCAGCCCCAGCCGGCCAACAACCGCUUCCACCACUGGUUACGGCCAAAGACCUCCCAGCUGCCCCUCUCCCCCAGAAGGGGACGAAGGAAGUGCAGCAGAAACUGCAGGAUGAAUCACGUUUGCUGCCCGAAAUGUACCUUCAGCACCCAGACAAGGCGUCAAGCGCGGUUCCGGCGUCUAGCUCCGCAGCUAUGCAGCGGCAAGAGCCCAGCGCGCUUGGUUCCGUCAUUAUCCCAGCCCUCGAGGCUGCUCUCAAGCGCAGAGCGCAGAACCUCGCUGAAUUCUACCGUACCUCCAACCACUCGGGGUACCAAUUGUACAAUGAGCGGGCUCGAGCGCAUGAACAAGUCCGCAAACUGGUGAUUAAAGCCGCCGGUGUUUUUAACGAAAUCCAACGCAUCGACGAAGAGAAUCCAGUUGGCAUGGGCGGCGGCGUCACGGACAUGUUGGAAGGGUGGCUGGAGGAAGUUCUGUUCCGCGUCGAGGCUGCCGAUGAUGACGAAAUGAGCCCCAGGAAGAGCUGA